AUGUCACAAGAUCAGGAACCAUCAAUUUCAGAUAUGCUAAAAACAUUGGUGGCUUCAACUAUACAGACCCAAGUUAUUCUUCAUAGUACAGAAGCGUCCCUCAAGAAUUUGGAGAGUACUAUGGGAAAAAUUGCUACAUCAUUGAAUAAUCUUGAGGUUGAGAGCAUAACACUUGAUCUAAUUCCAACUCAAGAAGUCAGGAAUUCAACCCCUGAAGCAUCUUCUCCACCGCAGAUCGAAACUUUCACGUCAGUUGGCCCAUCAUCACAGAACAUGCUACACAAACCAACUGUCAGAUUGUAUGUCCCUAUUCCUCCUUUUCCGAGCAAAUUGACAAAAUUUAAGAAUGAGGAGGAAAAUAAGGUGAUCCUUAAAAUCAAUAUUUCGCUCCUUAAAACUAUUAAGCAAGUACCACCAUAUGCUAAGCUUCCUAAGGAGUUGUCCACAAAUAAAAGGAAACUGAAUGGUGAUAAAAAGAUCAGUGUGGGGGAGAAUGCUUUUGCUAUUCUCCAAAGGAAGUUGCUACCCAAGUUUCAAGACCUUGGGAUGUUUAUAAAUCCAUACAUUAUCGGUAAAACCAGGUUUGAUCAUUGUAUAAUAGAUUUAGGAGCACCUAUUGAUGUUAUGUCUUAUUUUAUUUUUGCUUCCUUAAAGCUAGGGUUACUAAAAGAAACUAGUGUUAUUAUUCGAUUGGUUGAUCACACUAAUAUUUAUUCCCUAAUGGUAGUUGAAGAUGUUUUGGUGCAGGUUCAAUUUAGGAGGCCAUUUCAAAUUAUUACAAGUACAAAGAUGGAUGUCAAAGCAUGGGUACUUACAAUGAAAUUUUAUGGUGAAGUUAUACAGUUUGAUAUGUUGAAUUCUAUUGAUAAGUACAAGAGGAAGAAAGUUCUGUUAAAUGACCCACCAUAA